AUGACAGCCACUGGGAAACCACGUCGGGCAUCUGCCAAAGCCUGUCUCCGGACAAUUUGUGGAAUAACAAGUCGUCAAAUCUCUGAUGAUAGUUCUAUUUCUGAAAAUAUUGAAAGUGAAGCCUCCGAUUAUGUUGGUGAAAGUGGAAACAAUAGUGCCACUACAGAUGAGAGUGUUUCUAUUAGUGAAAAUGAAGCUGAAGGAUCAUAUGACCCAGGAAAUCCAUCAUCAAGUUCGUCCUCUACAAGGUCUCUUGUUAGGGAAUCUCGUAGGCCAUUACCAAGCAAAACUUGUAUUUCUGCUGUAAAUGAUAAAAGCUAUUUGCGGUCUCCUUUUGUAAGAUACAUGAGAUCUUGCCGAGGUCUCAUAGACCGAGACCCCAGGUCCGUAGCUCCUGCAAAGUUUCUACAGGCACUAAAAGCACUAAAAUCCACAUUCUAUAAUAUACCCAAUCCAUUUUUGUGUUGCCCCAGUGGAUAUAAAACACAAUUCAUGUGUCGACAGAAGGCUCUAUUUCCAACUUCGGGAGCUUGGAUUCGAUCACCCAUUCAUUUCAAAAAGGAUCAUCUUCCACAGCCUUUUAUCAGUCCUACCUAUCUGUCCUAUGAAAAUAAUCCAAUGAAACUUAAACAAUUCGAAUUUGAUAAGGAUUCAAAUUUAGUUUAUGUUGGAGGGGCAGUAACCUGUUUGUCCUGGUGUCCUCCACGUCUUUAUUCGCUACUGGAUUCUGAUUCGAUUGCAAAUGAGUGCUCAUUUUUGGCUACUGCCUCCACUUUAACACCAGACUUACAGACGUUAUAUUCUGAUGGUAUAAAGAGUGGUCCAGGAACAAUACAAAUUUGGAAUUGUGGGGUUCUAGGUCUAACAGAAACAUCCAGUACAUUGAAUCCUGAAAUUCAUUUUAUUAUUUCACAUGAUUGGGGUCGAAUUAUUGAUAUGUGCUGGGUACCAGUUUCUCCACUUUCUGGUAUUAAACAAUUACAGUCAAAAGCUUGUCUACAUGGAUCAUAUAUGGUAACUACUCCAGAAACGGAUAGAAUUCUUGGUCACUUAAUUGUCGCUUCUCAGGAUGGUUAUGUUCGUGUUUUUUCCAUACCAACUUGUCCAAUGAAUUUUGGUUGUGAAAAUUUAUCUGUGUCCAAAUUUACCUAUACACUUUCAAAGAACUGUUCUCUCACGUUAUCGCCUUCUGUUGUAGCAGAAAAUCCUCAUUGGCUUGGUUGGCCAACUUGUUUGCAUAUUCGUCGUGAAUUCCCAGAUCGUCUUUUUGUUGGGUAUACAACAGGUCAUGUAUGCUAUUAUAAUUUGAGUAGCCUCAAUGAAUUGGUCUAUUCAUCUAAGUUUAAUCAUUUAGCGCCAGUGAAAAUGUCACGUUUAACAAGUAGUCCAGUUAUUACAAUAUCUCUUCAUCCUUUAAAUGGAAAAAUGUUAUUUGUACAAGGCUUGGAACGUAUUGCUGGUAUAUGGGAUUUGAAUGAUUCGGUAUGUUUCACUUCAGAAUCAGGUGAAAUCAGUUGGAAUCCAGUGCAUGGUUUUAUGGGACGUGAAGGAAUGUGGAUUAGUAAUGGUGAAUUUUUAGUUACUUCACGUGAAACAUGGUUUACUUCAGCAGUGUGUAAAAGUAAUCAGCAUCCUAAAUGGGCGGCGUUAUUUGAUAAUAUGGAUAAUUGUUCAUGUAUACCACUUGGAAUUCAAUCACUUACGAGUAUGGAUUUCAGUGAUUUCCUCAAUGGACUUGUUUGUAGUACUGAUAGGGGACGUAUUGAAGCAGUUGCAGAAUCUGUAGAAAAACGAAGAUGUGAUCCAGCACGUCCAAAAUAUAUUCCUGAGAUGAGGAUACCAUUAUGUCAAUGGACAAUGAAGAAGGCACCAAUUGAAAAUUUUAAUCAAAGUGUAAAAAAUGAAUCGAAAUUAGAAGUAAAAGAAGAAGAUGAAGAUGAUUUCAAUAAGUACAACUAUGACAUUAUAGAUAUAAAUGCCUUCUUGAAGAAUAAUGGAUUCAAUGAUAUAUCGAUAAAUAUUACUGAUAAUCAUGAUACUAUCAAUACUGAUAUUAUCACUAGAACUAUCAAAUCGGAAGUGAAUACAUCUAAAGAAUUCGAUGAUAUGAAAUUUCAACAGUCAAUCUUCUCAUCAUCAUCUAAUUGUCGAUAUUGUGAAUUGGAACACUCUAUAUGUUGUCAUAAAGUCUGGUCAAAUUAUCAAUUAGACAUUUUAUUGAAGGAAGAGGUACCAAUGAAACCUGAAAUGGAUUUUAUCAACACACCAAUGCUGAAAAUAAACAAAGUCCGUUUUAAUCCGAAUCCAACAGCAGCUACAUGGAUAGCAGUAGCUAAUAGUCUAGGCUUUAUACACUUUAUCUGCGUAGAACAGUUAUACUGUAAAUGCUUUGAUACACUAUUGAAUCGUAUUCCAACUGGUAAAGAUUCAGUUUAUUUAGAAUUAAAACCAAAAGAUGUAAUCAGUAGACCAAUCAAUUCUUUAAAACAAUCACAAAAAAAUCGACGUAAACCUUAUACUUCUUCAAAUUCUACGGUUAAAAAGUCAGUGAAACCUAUACAAGUUGUUGUUGAUGAUGAUGAUGAUGUUGAGAUAGAGGAUAAAGCAAACAAUAGUAAUAAUGAUUCAUCAAUCGAUAGUGAUGUAA